UCCUUACUCCUUACUUCUUAGUCAAUGAUCUAUUAAAAACCAGGUGGUGAUAUACGGUAUUAAUGGAAUAAUGAAUGAAAGUGUUUAGAAUAAAAUCUGAAAUAUUUAAAAAAUGAUACGUUUCAAACAAGACUAUUAUGAAUCUGAUGGUGAUAUCGUUGAAUCUCGGAAGAAGUUAAUUACUAACUGGGAGCCGAAACGCGAAGUUUGGGCUUUAAGAUAUGGAGCUGCAUUAACAGCAGGGAUAGCUGCUAUUAAUGGGAUAGUAAUUAAUUCAAUAUUCAGACGAAAAUUAAAGUUACGUUAUCAUGGUUUGAAAUUUUCUAUGAUAUUUCUAUCAACUGGAUCAGCCAUGCUUGCAUAUGUGUCUCAUGAAACAUAUGUUACAGAAAAGAUAGUGUUAUUUCACCACAAAUGUUUACCAUGUUUAGAAUUAAAAGCAAUUGCAAUACAAGAGGCUAAUAGCUUAUUAUAUAGUCUAAUUACAACUCCAGCAGUAAAUCUUGCAAUUGCUGGAACUAUAGGAUAUAGAAUACCACAUAUAUUUGAAUUAAAAGAAGUUUGGAAAUUAUUUUGGAGUGUUAUCAGACCUGAAGGUAGAACGUUAUUGAUUCUAUUUCUUUGUAAUAUGUUUGUAGCUGGUAUAGCGACUUAUUCAGAAUAUACAGCAAUGGAAAAAGUAACAGAUAUUAUAUUCAAAAUUCAAAACUAUUUAGAGAAUGAAAAGGCUAAAAACAGACUGGAGAUCUUCGAAUAAAAAUACAAUUUCUUAUAUUUUAUGAUAAAAUAACAAUAAAAUUAUUUAUACAGAAUAAUUAUUCUAUAUGAACCAACUAUCAAUAAUAAUACAAAAUAAUUAUUCUGUAUAAAUAAUUUUAUAAAAUUUAGUCAUUAAAAAAAAUUGUAGCAUUUUGACAAAAUUUGAAUAUUUAAUGUGACAAUAAAUAUCACAAUAAAUCAUCUUUCUGUAAAU